CUUUUAUAAAUCCUAACCUAUAAUUAGUAGGCAAAGGUCACGAGUGCUGUACAGGUAUCGGAAAAAGUUCCGUUGGGUGAAGAAUACCAUAAGAAGCAGGAUAGUCGUUGGAACCGUAUCGCGUCACGCAAUCUGUUAGCGGAAGGUUGAAAUCAGAAUCCGAACGGUAGACUGAUUAUUUGAAGCUAAUAAACUGUCAGAAACAGUCUGUACCGAUUUUUACUUCCGGCCUUCGCUAACAAACUUCAAAUAAUCACCAUGGGAUUACAUCCGGCAAGUUCGAGCGAUGACGACUAUAACACGACCGAUAUGGGCAAUGCUCACAACUGCGUGGCCUGCGUUCACCCAGACUCAGCCGAUGAUCUUGUAGCCUGUGACCGGUGUGACAGUUGGUGGCACUACUCAUGUGCCGGAGUGGACGAUGGAGUAAAAAAUCACCAAUGGGUGUGUGCCAAAUGUGCCAACGUUCCGACGAAAGCUUCUUCGAUCCGAACUACAUCUUCCGUCCGGAAAGCGAGGUUGGAGCUAGAGCUAAAGCGCCUGGAGGAAGAGAAGGAACUAGAAAGAAGAUUUAUAGCAGCGAAAUACCGAGCCCUAGAGGAAUCGCUUCAAGAAGAAGAAGGCGAAAAGGAAAGCUUACGAUUGCGGGAAAGCGAUCCUGAUCCAGCUGAAAAACAGAAAAGCAUCGUCAACUGGGUAACCGAGCAAACGGAAUCUGUUUUAGAGGGUGUAGCUGGUGUGACAAAACAACUGAAACAUCAACCCGAGCGCAUAACGGUAGCACCAGAGAAACCAAACGACCAGGUAUAUCUUGAAAAUCCUUUUGUUGCCACAGAAAAGGAUCCAACGAGUAGGAAGAGACUGAUGUCGAAUGCCUUCCAUCAGCUUGAGAAACAGCUCCAUUCAUGCCAAGAACAAGAUAAUUUAUCUUCCGAACAACUUCUGGAAUUGCAAGACCAGUUGCGUCUAUGCCAAAUUCAUCUAACAGAAAACAAUACGCAAUCAACUAGGGCUGCUGAUGUGACUUUGCCGCAAGUUAAAUUACAACCGUCGACGCAACCGAAACCCAAACCAACGGGAACCAAACCGAAGGCAUCGCCGCAUUUCCUUUCUAAAACAACAAAGCUGAAGGACGGCGCACUUCUGAACGAAGCAGUCAUGGUCGCAAGUAACCUACGGAAGCAAAAAGGACCUCCUCAAAUAUCGCCUCGGGUCCCUGUUGGACAGGAGAUGACGGAACACGCGGUGACAGUCUGUGCGGUACCAUCUCAGCAACAACUAGCCACUCGACAGAUGCUUCCACGUGACUUGCCUAUCUUUUCUGGAAAUCCAGCUGACUGGCCGGUGUUUAUAAGUCAGUACAAUUACACCACGGAAGCCUGCGGAUUCAGCCCAGGUGAAAAUAUGAUACGUCUGCAACGCUGCUUGAAGGGGCCGGCGUGGGAAGCAGUCCGCAGCAGACUAAUGCUGCCAGCUUCCGUGCCGCACGUCAUAGAGGCUCUUAGGAUGCGCUACGGUAGACCCGAACUUCUUAUAGAAUCUUUGAUUCAGAAGCUGAAAGAAACUGCUCCACCCAAAGCUGAUAAGCUGGACACUCUGAUUGAUUUUGGAACCAAGGUACAAGCGCUGUGUGAUCACGUCGAAGCAGCUGACAUGGUAGAACACCUGGCCAAUCCUACUUUGAUGAGAGAACUUGUCAGUAAGCUACCAGCCGAUUACAGAAUGAAAUGGGCCAGCUAUCGCAGAUCUGGAGGAACGGUGAACUUAAGGAUGUUCGGAAAUUUUAUGGAGGAGGUGGUGAUUGAUGCAUACAGCGUAACUUCCUACUCCGAAGAACAGCGGUCACUUUCGAAGCGUGAGAAGAUCAAACCUGAUCAGAGCUUGGUACACGCCGAUACCGGGGGGAGUGUUGAGAACCAUCAAUCCCAUGUAUUGGACCAUGGCGUGUUUCGCGAACGAAAUCAAAUUAUGUGUGCAGCAUGCAACCAAGAAGGGCACCGCUCAAAGGAUUGCCGAACUUUUUUGAACUUGAGCGUUGAUGCUCGGUGGAAGCUAGUUCAAAAACUAGGACUUUGUAGAACCUGUCUGUUCGACCAUGGACGCCGGACCUGCAGGAAUCCAAACCGCUGUGGUGUAAACGGGUGUGAAGCAAGACACAAUCCACUUCUCCAUAGCACGAGAACAGAGUCGCUUUCCGGAUCGACACCGAAUGGCUCAUCGACAUCCGUGGUACAUCAUAUCCAUGAAUCGCUUCAUCUAUCACUUCUUUUUCGGAUCAUUCCUGUAACGCUCUACAACGGCGAUAAUUCCAUUUCUACAUUUGCCUUUGUGGAUGAGGGGUCUUCCCUUACAAUGGUAGAGACUGAACUUGCAGACCAAUUGGGUUUGAAAGGACACUACAAACCCCUGUGCCUGAAGUGGACAGCCAACGUUACCCGUACUGAAAGUGAAUCAAGACGUGUGGAUGUAGAAAUAUCUGGACCUGGUCAAUCUAAACGAUUUGUAAUGUCAAGUGUCGGAACCAUACAAGCAUUGGAACUACCGAUCCAGAGCCUGCCAAUUGAGGCACUGAAGCAACGGUUCAAGCAUCUCCGAGGGCUGCCAAUCCAGGGUUACGCUGACGCGAUUCCUCGUGUACUAAUUGGUGUUGACAACUUAAAGCUCGUUCUACCCUUGAAAGCUCGCGAGGGAAGUGAAGGACAACCAAUAGCAGUACGCACUAGGCUUGGCUGGAGCGUAUACGGCGGACAGCGUGAUAAUAAGUUGCCGACUUUCAACUACCACAGUUGUGAGUGCGAUAAUGAAACGGCGAUGAACGAUAUCCUGAAAACGUAUUUUGAUCUGGAAGAAACCGGAGUAAAGCCGUCGAAGAAUUUAUUGAGCGCUGAGGAUGAAAGAGCACUACGUUUGCUGGAGGAAACCACAAAGUUUGUAGGAAACUGCUACGAGUCUGGGUUACUGUGGAGAUAUGAUCACAUCGAGCUCCCAAACAGUUACUCCAUGGCCCUCGGAAGGUGUCGGUGUCUCGAAAAGAAAAUGGCCAAGGAUCCUGCAAUGAAACGAAGUAUUUUUAAACAAAUAGAGGAUUAUCAACAAAAAGGUUACUGCCAUCGUGCUACUCCGGAGGAAUUGAAGUCCUUUGAUCCACGACGUACAUGGUUUUUGCCGUUAGGAGCCGUCACCAAUCCCAAGAAACCGGGAAAGGUGCGCUUGGUUUGGGACGCCGCUGCCAAAGCUGAGGGAAUAUCGCUCAAUUCGAUGCUUUUGAAAGGACCCGACCAAUUGAGCUCACUUCCAAACGUACUCUUUCGCUUCCGACAGUAUCCCGUAGCGGUUUGCGCCGAUAUCAGGGAAAUGUUUCACCAGAUUCGCAUCCGCGAGGUGGACAGAUGCUCUCAGCUAUUCCUGUGGCGAACCAAUCCUGAUAAUCCCCCUGAUAUUUUUGUAAUGGAUGUUGCGACAUUCGGGUCAACGAGCUCUCCAGCGACAGCCCAGUUCGUGAAGAACAUAAACGCGCAGAGAUUCGCAGACCAAUAUCCGACUGCUGUAGAGAACAUCGUUUCUGCACAUUAUGUAGAUGAUUAUUGUACCAGCUUUGCGACUGUGGAGGAAGCGCAACAGAUUUCGAACCAGGUUCGCAAGAUCCAUCAACACGGGGGAUUCGAGCUGCGCAAUUUCUGUUCAAACGACAUGAAAGUCCUGCGUUACCUAGGGGAACAAGAAAAGAAUGCAGUUAAAGAUUUGAAUCCUCUAAAAGGAAAUACUGCUGAACGCGUGCUCGGAAUUUUAUGGGGAACAGAGCAAGAUCAACUUUUUUUUCCUACCAUCAUGUCAGAUGAGAUGACCCAGCUAAUCGAAACGAAAAAUAGGCCUACUAAGCGUUUAAUAUUAAAAUGUGUUAUGACACUCUUCGACCCCUUAGGACUAUUAGCCCCCUAUUUGGUCUUCGGAAAAAUGCUGGUCCAGGAAGUUUGGAGAAAAGGCUUCGGGUGGGACGAUUCCGUAGAUGAUGAAAUUUAUUCUUCGUGGGAAAAAUGGACGGCCCUGUUAGCCCAUAUCAAAGAUAUUCGAAUUCCCCGGAGUUAUUUCGACGAGGCAGCUGAGGUAGUUGAACUACACACCUUCGUAGAUGCGAGCGAGAGUGCAUGCGCUUGUGUCAGCUACUUCCGCUUCGUAGACUCUUUCGGAAAGGUGCAAAUCGCAUUGGUCGCGGGCAAGAGCAAAGUUGCACCACUUAAACCAUGGUCUGUGCCCCGCUUGGAAUUACACAGCUGCCUAAUGGGCGCACGCUUAACUCGUUUUGUUCAAGAAGGCCACUCCAUACGUAUCAUCAAGCGAACGCUUUGGACAGAUUCCCGAACAGCAAUGAGCUGGAUAAACGGAGACCCUCGAAAAUAUACACGAUUCGUAGCCUUCCGACUCACAGAAAUAACAGAACUCACGCAGCGAAGUGAAUGGAGAUGGGUACCAUCUAGGAUGAACCCAGCCGACGAAGCCACAAAGUGGAGUAAGACAUCACGUUCCUCGAACCAUGGCAUUUGGUUUACCGGCCCUGCGUUCCUGAAACUCCCCGAAAAAGAAUGGCCAGAGCAAAAGGUGGCUUUGGAGAAUGAAACGGUUGAAGAGUUACGUAGCUGUCACAUUCACCUAGAAGAUUCAAUUCCACAAAAAAUUAUCGACGUUAACCGUUUCUCUAAGUGGAAUCGGCUAUUACGCACCAUGGCUUAUGUUUUCCGCUUUAUCAGGAACGCCAAAUCUCCGGAACAACGAACCAUAGGAUGCUUGAAACGGUAUGAGCUGGAAGUAGCGGAAAAUGCCCUCUUUAAACUGACACAAUGGGAAGUUUUUUCCGACGAAAUGGCCGUUUUAACGAAAAAUCAAAAAAGUUCCUUCGAUCAGUGCUUGCAAAUUGCAAAGAAUAGUAGCCUCUACAAACUUACACCAGCCAUCGACUCCAGUGGCUUGCUGAGAAUGGACAGUAGAAUCGGUUCAGCACGCAACGUACCAAACGAUAUGAAACAUCCCAUCAUACUCCCUAAAAAUCACAAGCUGACGUUCCUGAUAUUAUCCUAUUACCAUUGUAAAUUCAACCAUGGUAAUAGCGAAACCGUAGUAAAUGAAGUCAGACAACGAUUCUACAUUCCGGCUCUACGACAACAAGUCAAAUUGGUUUGCAAGAAAUGUCAGCAUUGUCGGAUCUACAAAUGUCGACCUGUCGCACCCAGAAUGGCUCCACUUCCCUCUGCUAGGAUGUCACCCCAGGUCCGCCCUUUUUCCUACGUGGGCCUUGACUACUUUGGCCCCCUUUUGGUCAAAGUCGGUAGAAGUCAAGUCAAAAGGUGGGUGGCGCUGUUUACCUGCCUUACUAUCAGGGCCGUUCAUUUGGAAGUUAUCUUCAAUUUGUCAACUGAGUCCUGCAUAUUCGGUAUCCGGCGAUUUAUUAGUCGCAGAGGAGCUCCUGUGGAAUUUCAUACCGAUAACGGCACAAACUUCCAGGGCGCGGAGAGAGUUUUACGCGAACAAAUCAAUGCGGGGCUUGAAUCGACCUUUACUAAUACUCAAACAGCUUGGCACUUCAUUCCCCCAGGUGCCCCUCAUAUGGGUGGUGCCUGGGAGCGAAUGGUCCGAUCGAUUAAAACGGCAAUGAUAGAGGCUUAUAGCGAGAAUCUGGACGACGAACGCCUCUACACGGUGUUAGUGGAAGCAGAAUCUAUCGUCAACAGUCGUCCACUUACUUAUUUGCCCUUGGAAUCGAGUUAUAGUGAAGCUAUUACCCCGAACCACUUCCUUCUGGGUAGUUCAAGUGGCAUUCGUCAACCGACAACAGAAAGAAAGAUGAAUAGUAACUUGUUGAGUCGCUCGUGGGACAUCGUUCAGCGACAAUUGGAUACGUUUUGGACGCGAUGGAUUCGCGAAUAUCUACCAACUUUAACAAAGCGCACGAAGUGGUUCGAAGACACGAAGGCAAUCCAGAAUGGUGACUUAGUUGUCGUAAUAAACGAUGCAAGGCGUAACGGUUGGGCUAGAGGACGUGUGCUUGAGGUGAUUCCCGCUGAAGGAGGUAGAGUAAGGAGAGCCAUCAUACAAACAUCGACUGGUGUGUAUAUGAAACCUGUUUCUCGAUUGGCCGUAUUAGAAGUACAGAACAGUGGAACCCAUACUAAAUCCGGAUUCCACCGGGGGGAGGAUGUGGCUGCGUCGGCAGGCGAGUCUAAAAUUAUGAGUGCACCUGUGGAUGUCAUCUCUCCUGACGUUUCGCUGCCGCUAGAAGAAGAGUAGUAAUUUCAAACGUAGAAGAAAAGAAGGAACCAUUUUUUCGUGUGCUCGUUUUUUAACGCUUUUAAGUAUCGGAUACAAAUUGUUAUCAGUUUAGCAGUUCAUAUAGAGUAGAAGUAGUGUAGCUUGUACUUUCAAUCCACAGUGAUUAGGGUUCGAUUCAAAUCCAGUUAUUAGACUGAGUAAGUUACAGAAUCUUUGCAUAUUUCAUCCUUUUAUAAAUCCUAACCUAUAAUUAGUAGGCAAAGGUCACGAGUGCUGUACAGGUAUCGGAAAAAGUUCCGUUGGGUGAAGAAUACCAUAAGAAGCAGGAUAGUCGUUGGUAAAUAUUCGGAUUUGCUAUUUUUAUCGUAAAAUUCAGAAAUUAUAAUAUCCCCUAUUAUCAGGAACCGUAUCGCGUCACGCAAUCUGU